GAGGAGGAGAAGAAGGGCGAGGAGAAGGAGGACGAUGAGAAGAGCAAAGAGGAUGACAAGGGCAAAGAAGACAGCAAAGGCCAAGAAGAUAGUAAGGGCAAGGACGAUGACAAGGGCAAAGAGGGGGAUGAAGGCAAGGAUGAUAAGGGCAAAGGCGAAGAGCAGGGCAAAAAGGACGAGAAAGGCGAGGAUGAUAAAGGCAAGGACGAGGACAAGGGCAAAGAAGAUCUUUCUGGCCAGGAUGAUAAGGGCAAGGGCGAUGACAAGGGCAAAGAAGAUGAUAAAGGCCAGAAGGAUGAGGACAAGGAGGAGAACGAGCCAAAGAAGGUUACUUCGGGCAAGGAGGAUGCUCAGGGCAAGGACGAUGAUGACGAGGAUGAUGAGGAUGAUAAGGAUGAUAAGGGCAAAGUGGUGGGUCAG